AUCGAAUGAUAAAUCUUCGGAACACUGAUCCAUUAGUUUCCAAUUCUUGGCGCUGGUCCGAGCCGAGUGCGACCAACGAGGCAGCGAUGAGUGCGCUACAGACGUCGAACGCGCCAUCGUCCCCCGCUGCAGCGUCCACUCGAUCGUGUCGAACGUUGCAGUCGUCGAUGUGCUGCAAAUGUGUCGACGUGGCAACCCACUCGUGCGCGGACUGCGACCUCCUGUACUGCCUUGCGUGCAGUGACCAGCGGCAUAGCAAAGGAUCCUUCCAGCGCCACAGCAUCGACUCGAUUCCAGACGUUUGUCCGAGUAAACUCGUCCACGCAACGCAAGUCAGGAACACGGCAUGUGACGAGUGCAUUCUGGACACGGCGGUGCUGCAUUGUUCAGCAUGUGAGCUCGCGUAUUGCGAUCCGUGCUCGAAGGAUAUUCAUCAAAGCGGAUCGUUGCAGCACCACAGCUUCAACUACCUCCCGCUAGGGUCGACGGCGUCGACGUUGGAAUCUCCAUUUUCAUUGAAACAAGCAAGUGCGUUGGACCCACCACCACGCAAGCUGUCCACUGCAGACGCUGUCGAAGCCAUGUGGAGCGGUGGUGGUUGGACCCGCAGCUUCGAUCGCCCAACGUCGUCCAGCAGCGGCGGCGAUAGCUCGUCGCCCACGUUUCGCUCGUCGUUCUCGUAUCAAUCUUGGAUGAACCCCGCGCAUGACGCCAUGCCGUCGUCAACGUCCAGCGACGACGGCUCCAAGCAAUGUGUAGGAGACGCAAGCCUCCCGUUCACAUCGGCGUUUUCUAGCGUUUCGCUGGGCCAUCCGUCGACUUUGACCACGAACGACAAGGCUGCAUGCGACGACAUGGGGAGCUGGCGCGUCCACCGCUUCCCCAACGACCACGGACAUAACCUGCCACGCCGCCACGAAUUAUCCCAAAACCAACUGGAAGACUUGUUUUCAGCGCUCGAGUCGACCGACGCGACCCGCCACGUGUUGGUGCGCAGCGCGGCGCGGCACAUGACGAUGCGCCAAGUGUCGACGAUCCAACGCGUCAUGCAUACUUGUGGUGAUGUCGCGCACUGCGAACAUGCUUUCGCGCCGCAUGGCGUACUGCUCUUCACCUAUUUUAACCGGAGCGACGCCGCGAUGGCUGUUCAGCGCGCUGCAGCCGUGCUGGACGACGACGACAUUUCCGUAGACUUUAGCAUGGCCAUGCCGCCGACGUCACCCUGCACGGCGCAGGCGUUUGCGUUGGGGAAGGCAAUCGUUUCGGUCGAAGUAAACAACGAACCACUGCCGUCCAUGAACGACGUGCAUGCGAUAUGCGCCCAAGUCGCUGCAGUAGCCUCCGUGAUUCCUCUGGACGAGAAUUCUGGCCGCUUCACGGUCGAAUUCAACGACUCACGGGAUGUGCUGGAGGCUGUCUCCAAGCUCAACGACGACUCAAGUGGCGGCCAGUUGGCCAUGUCUGCAAUGGUCGCCCCGGCGCCGACCGGGCAUCUCGUGGACCUGUUCCAUGCCGCCGCCAAAGCAACGACCGAGACAUCCACCACCAGCCAGUACAAGUUUACUGACUCAUUCGAGUCGCCGUCCAGACGCGAGUGGGGUCCAACCGAUCCCGCUUCGACUGUCGGUCUGUCGGGAAAGCAUCCUCUGUUGUCCGAGCCUUCGUUGUACCAAACCAUUGCACCCACCCCCCCUCGGUCGAAUGAAUCGCAUGGCAACCAGCAGAACCAUCGGCCGUCGCAAGUUGCGUCGGCGUACCCGAUCGCAUCCUACGGCGCGACCCCCCCAACGUGCACUCAAACGUGGAGUCGUCACCAACAGUACUCGAUGGCGCCCCACGCUGCUGUGCCGCUCCGUGCUCUGCCCCGACCGUCGUACCAAUACACGUCGCCGUUCUCGCCUCCGGUCGUCGCCACCGAGUACAGCUUGGGCAUUGACCGGGUCCACAAGGGGGAAGACACGCGGACGACGCUCAUGAUCCGAAACAUCCCCAACAAGUACACGCAAACGAUGCUCCUGGCCGAGAUAAACCACCACGGCCACCACGGCUCGUACGACUUUUUCUACCUUCCCAUCGACUUCAAGAACAAGUGCAACAUGGGCUACGCCUUUAUCAACUUUAUGACGACGGACGCGAUCGUGCCGUUCUACAACGCGUUCAAUGGCCAGCGGUGGCGCAACUUUAACAGCGAAAAGGUGUGUGCGAUCUCGUACGCGCGCCUCCAGGGCAAAGCCGCCAUGAUCAACCGGUUUCAAAACUCGAGCGUGCUCGACAAACACGAGAGCUACCGCCCCCUCGUGUUCAAAUCGUUUGGGCCGGACAAAGGCAAGCACGAACCGUUCCCGGCCCCCCGCAUCAAGCCACGACAAGUCCUCGACAACGCGGGGCCAUCGUCGUCCCCGCCUCGUCCAUCACUGUACUCUGCUCCGCCGCCGUCGCACCACCACCACCACGACAACUUUCGACUGUACUCGACCGCCGGCAUGUACAACGGACCAACGCCUCUUGGAAGACCAGCGUACCCACUCUACCACCAGCACCACCACGUGAGUGACGCCGGACACUGGCGCUCCGGUGCCGCCGCGCAAAUCUUUUCCCAUAGCAAUGGCUGCAGCGACGACGCGGCGGACGUGUCACUUGGCGGAACCAACGGCUACCUGGACGCCAAACACGCACCCACCGCCGCCCCGGCCCUCCCAGCUCUUCAUGCGUAAUCGUGGGGCCACAGGGCCGCCUCUCGCCCCCCCUUUGCUCCUACGUUUGCACAUCCUCCUUGUUGUGCCUCUGUGUGUGUGAGGUACCCUAGAUUUUGCUACGACCACAAGUCGCCCCAUUUCUUGAAUACACGUCAACGUCUCCCGCAGCACACUCGUUUCUAGCAGCCAUAUUCACGGGUAUGGCGCUGCCGUUCACGACAGCACACACGAUGCUCUGUCGACGCCACGUGCGCAAGGAAGGGGGCUUACAGCUUGUGUGCCAGGACAAAGGCAAGGCAACUUCGACUUCAGGUAUCACGACGUGGCGCCGCUCAUGUGUGGCGAGGUUUCCAGCCCAUCCAUCGUUGGCUGUGACUUUAUAACGCAAGUGCUGACCCAUUGAACAAGCGCGACGCGUUCCAGCACCACACGUUUGAACCGUCUAUUGACGACGAUACACACACCUUCCACUGCUACAC